AGUGUUUUAGGAUGUUGAUGUUUGUCUUUCUGUUUGUGUUGCUCUGCAGAGCGUUGAGUUCCACGAAAGAGGGAAGAACCACAAAGAAAAUGUCACUGCGAAGAUCUCUGAGAUUAAAAAGAAGAGCAUUGAUAAGGCGAAGCAGGAGGAACGUAUGUCUAAAGAGUUUGCGGCAAUGGAGGAGGCCGCACUGAAGGCAUAUCAAGAAGAUCUGAAGCGGAUGGAAAGGGAGUCAGCAGGAGAAGGUUCACUGGCCCAAACAACACCACAGCCACAACCUCGGGCACAACCUCGGGUACAACCUCAAGUACAGCCUCAGCCAAAACAUCAGCCGAAACACCAGGGCAAAAAACAGCAAAAGAAAAAUAAAGCAAACAAGAAGUUCAGAGACCAAAUGGACGCGCAGGUUUGGAUUGAAGGACAAACAGAUGAUGGAAACACAUACUAUUACAACACGCUAACUGGAGAAUCUCAAUGGGUAAAACCAGAAGAAGGUUUCCAGGGAGGAAGUUCAGCCUCUGAACAGACCCCGCCUGGACAGACUGGGAGCUCUUCAAGCUGUCCUUGGAUGGAAGCCGUCAGUCCUGAAGGUUAUACAUAUUACUACAACUCAGAGACUGGAGAGUCCAGUUGGGAGAAGCCAACAGACUUUCCUUCUGAUGAGGCUUCUGGAUCUGGGUCCAACAUAGAGGAAGAGCCUUCAACCCCUCAGCCGGAGCCACUCUCGGGAUCAGAGGAAGGCUCCAAUGAGGCCCCUGCAUCUCAAGAGGGCGAAGUCCCUGAACAAGCCAGCCAGCAGCCUAAAGUCCCGAAGAUCAGCUUCAGGAAAAGAAAAGCAGAAGACGAGCCCUCAGAAAAAGAGGGAGAAGAUAAAGCAAGUGAUGAUUCUCCUAAAGAGGACGCUGAAGAGGCGAAAAAAGAAGAAGAGGUCCAAAGCAUGACAGCUGAACCUGAGGAGAAGAAAGAAGAAGAGCCGAUACAGCGGAAGAUGCAAGCCAAAAGGCCCAAAGCUACAAAUCCAUAUGGGGUCUGGGAACAGAUCCAGGAAGAGAAGGAUCCAUAUGCCAGCGUGGACUUACAGCUGCCCCAGGUGGAAGGAAACACGACCAGCGCUCCCGCCGAGCUGCCGCCAGAGCCAAAACCGAAGUUCAAGGAACGCAUCAUCACCUCCCUCGGAGAGGAAGGCGGACCCACUUCAUUCAGGAGAAACAAGACACAGAACGGCAAAUCCAGGAGCCUCCGACAGAGAGACGACGAUGACUGACCCGAACACAGAACAACUUCAAGCCAGAACGCAAGAGACUUUUACACAAAUAAAACUCUUUCUGGGAACCGAUGCACCAUUUUUGAUCUUGGACGUGAAUUAAAUGCAUUAGAAGUUUGUUUGUUUUUUUUACCUAAGAUGCACAAAUAUCUUUUUUUUAUUAACAUUUUUAGGACACAUUGACCUGAGAAACCCUGUUUCUUAAAAAAAAAAAUCCAUGUUCUUUUCUUAGUCUUAUACAAUAUUGUCAGCAUCCCAGUUUGAUCAUUUUAUUAAUUUCUUCUUAUAGUGUGGUAAGUGCAGAUGUACAUAUACAGAGCAAUUCAAAUAAUUUUUUGUAUUUUCCAUAUCUGUAUUUUUUUUUCUUACCAUUGUAAGCAUCUCUGAAAAUAUCAUUACAACGUGUGUCAGUUAAAAUGUCAUACUCUCAUAAAGCAGUUUGGAUAGAAGUGAUUAAAGAUGUUAAAUUUA